GAGAGAGAGAGAGAGAGCCUUCCCUUUUCCCUGUCCGUAAGUGGUGGUAUUCUGUCCACUGUUCGCUGAUUUGAAAUCUCUACUUUCUUCUUCUUCUUCUUCUUGUACAUUGCUUUGCUUGCUUCUCCCUCUUUAUCCAUUUUAUAUUAUUGAUUCAUCGGGAUUCUAUGGUUAUCUUGGGUUUGAAAAAUGUAAGUGAGGGGAGACGUCUAGGUUUGAAAUUGCAGAAGAGAGAAGACUCAUCCAUUUGUGGAAAAGCGGGAUGCUGCUGAUGUUGGGUUCACAGGGGACCCUUACUUCACUUGCAAGUGAUAGCAGUUGAAAAUUGCAAUCUUUUUCUUUUUGGUUUUCUGGGUGUUCACUGUGGGGCUUUUCCUUCAAGGCUCUCGAAACACUUAACAAAAGUGUCUUCCUUUCUAUUUAUUUGGGUUCAUCAUCAAUUGCGCUUCCGUCUUUGUUGAGUUUUCUAAGAUCUGAUCUAGGGUUUUUUCUUCGUUUACGAGUGGCUGGCUGGCAGGCAUCCUUCUCUCCUGUCUAUGCCGUCUUGGGACUCUUAUUUCUGAAAGGAGCUGUUCUUGUUUGUGGGUUCCUUGAUCUCUGUGGCCUGGGGGUUAAAUUUCAUGCGGAGACUGCGGAUCUCAGUGGGUUUCUAGUUCUUGCCGGUUGCUUCAAUUGCAAGUACUUCGUUCAUUUCUAGGGUUAUUUUGUUGGUUUCUGUGGUGUUUUGGGGAUUUGCGUCUGGAAUUUUUCUUCCUUGGUUGUUAGGUUCUGAUUGAAAUGGGCUCUCCAUAAAUGGCCUAGGGAUUUGAUUUCAACUGGGCAUUGGGAUUUCAAUUCAUCUCAGUGCUAGUAAUUGUUUCCUCACUUGCAAGUGUUCACUUGGGGCUUUUCUGGGUUUGCUAAAGUCUUUAUCUGGGCUCAUUCUCAAUUGCCGGAAAGCAGUCUAAUUCUUGUCAAAUUCAACCAGGGUUAUGGUGGUGUUAUUGACUUUGGUUUGAGUUGUGCUUCUUGUCAAUUUCAACAAUGGUGCUUCUGGGAUUUAUGUUUAUCCCAAUGGCUUUCGUCAAAUGGGUUUUCUUGGCUUGCUUUAUCUGCUUAGGCUUGGUUGUUGGAACCUCUGGCCAAGCCUGUGAUCUCAAUGACUUGUUGGCUCUGAAGGAAUUUGCAGGUAACCUCACAAAUGGGUCCAUUAUCCAAGCAUGGUCUGAUGAAUCCAUUUGCUGUGAGUGGGAUGGCGUUGAGUGUGGCAACGAGUCAGCUUCAAGCAGAGUGACUGUUCUGAGGUUGCCUGGCAAAGGCUUGAGAGGCGUGAUUUCGCGGUCUUUGGGCGGUUUGGAUCAGUUGAAACUGCUUGAUCUUUCGCUCAAUCAUCUGCAGGGUGUACUGCCACUGGAGCUCUCCAAUUUGAAGAUGUUACGAGUUCUUGAUUUGAGCCAUAACAUGAUGUUAACAGGACCUAUCUCAGGUUCUCUUGUUGGGUUGGAUUUAAUCCAAUCCCUGAAUCUAUCUGGCAAUUCAUUCUAUGGGGACUUGAUUGAUCUUGGAGGAUUCCCAAGUCUUUCUAUACUCAACCUCAGCAGCAAUGCAUUCACUGGCAGAUUGAAUUCUGAAUUCUGCAGUUCCUCCAAGAAGAUUAGGGUUCUUGAUCUAUCGAUGAAUCGGUUGACAGGAGGGCUGGAUGGCUUAGGCAAUUGCAGCACAUCUCUUCAGCAGGUACAUUUGGAUGACAAUUUACUUUCAGGCUACCUUCCUGACUCACUAUACACAAUGUCAUACUUGCAGCAGCUUUCAAUUUCUGUUAACAAACUUUCGGGCCAGCUGAGCCCGAAACUCAGUAAUCUUUCCAGCCUCAAGACCUUGAUUAUAAAUGGAAACCAGUUUUCAGGGCCCCUUCCAGAUGUGUUUGGGAACCUAACACAAUUAGAACAGUUAACUGCACAUUCAAACUUGUUCUCUGGGGCAUUGCCUUCUAGCCUGGAACUCUGCUCGAAGCUUAGGGUGCUUGAUCUUGGGAACAAUUCUCUGUCAGGGCCUAUCAGCCUUGAUUUCGCUAGCUUUCCUUAUCUCUGUACGCUUGAUCUCGCCACGAAUCAUUUCUCCGGUCCCCUUCCAGAGUCAAUAUCUGGUUGCCAGGAGUUGAAAGUGUUGAGUCUUGCCAAAAAUGCCUUAACUGGCCAGAUUCCUGAAAGCUAUGCAAACCUGAAAUCCCUUUUCUUUCUCUCGUUAUCGAACAACAGUUUUGUAAACCUGUCCGGGGCAUUGUCAGUACUGCAGAUGUGCAAAAACCUGACUACUCUCAUCCUCACAAAGAACUUCCAUGGAGAAGAAAUCCCAGAAAAUGCGAUUGGAUUCGAGAGCCUAUCGGUUCUAGCACUUGGGAAUUGCGCUAUUAAUGGUCAAGUUCCAAUCUGGUUGCUGAAGUGCCGGAAGUUAGAAGUUCUCGAUCUAUCUUGGAAUCGUUUGACCGGUAGCAUCCCUCAUUGGAUUGGGCAAAUGGAGAAUUUGUUUUACCUGGACUUGUCGAACAACUCUCUCACAGGGGAACUUCCAAAAAGCUUGACAGGGCUAAGGAGCCUUGUUUCUGUGUGUACCAGUUUGUCCAAUCUUACCACGGCAACUGGCAUUCCUCUGUAUGUCAAGCGAAACCAGAGUGCCAGUGGUCUGCCGUACAACCAGGCUUCAAGUUUCCCUCCAUCGAUAUACUUGAGUAAUAACAGAAUAAAUGGGGCAAUUUGGCCUGAAAUUGGUCGGCUCAAACAGCUCCAUGUCCUAGAUCUGAGCAGGAACAACAUAAGUGGGACUAUUCCUAGCUCCAUCUCGGGUAUGAGCAAUCUGGAAGUUUUAGAUUUAUCUUCCAAUAAUCUUUAUGGAUCUAUUCCUGCGUCAUUUAAUAAGCUCACAUUCUUGUCAAAGUUUAGCGUGGCGCACAAUCACUUGCGGGGACCAAUUCCAGUAGGGGGUCAAUUCCUGAGCUUUUCCAGCUCUAGUUUUGAGGGCAAUCCUGGACUUUGUGGGACAAUGUACUCCCUUUGUAGGGAUGCUGAUGGUUUGGGGUUCCGACCUGGUAUCCCCCCUGGUUCAAAUGGUAAACUUGGUCGAAACAGUAUCCUUGGAAUUACAAUCAGUUUAGGGGCUGGCAUUGUGUUACUCCUGUCCAUUGUUCUGCUUAGAAUGUCAAGGAGGGGCAUAGGAGAUCCAAUUGAAGAUUUGGAUGAAGAAAUUGGAAGGCCACAUAGGUUAUCUGGGGCGCUUGGGACUUCGAAGUUGGUGCUUUUCCAGAAUUCAGAUUGCAGAGACCUUACAGUUUCUGACUUGUUGAAAUCUACCAGCAAUUUUAACCAGGCAAACAUAAUCGGAUGUGGAGGAUUCGGUCUGGUUUACAAAGCCAGCUUCCCAAAUGGCAUGAAAGCUGCAGUCAAGAGGCUUUCUGGUGACUGCGGCCAGAUGGAGCGUGAAUUCCAAGCAGAAGUGGAAGCUCUCUCCAGGGCUCAGCACAAAAACCUUGUCUCUCUCCAGGGCUACUGCCAGCGUGGGAAUGAAAGGCUGUUGAUUUACUCUUACAUGGAGAAUGGGAGCCUCGAUUAUUGGCUGCAUGAAAGGAUCGAUGGGGGUUCGCUUCUUAAGUGGGAGAUGAGACUCAAGAUAGCUCAAGGAGCCGGCCAUGGCUUAGCCUAUUUGCACAAGGAACCAAACAUCAUUCAUCGCGACAUAAAGACCAGCAACAUUCUUUUGGACGAAAAGUUUGAAGCCCAUUUGGCUGAUUUUGGUCUCUCAAGGCUACUGCAUCCAUACGAUACCCAUGUGACCACAGAUUUGGUUGGUACAUUGGGCUAUAUUCCUCCUGAAUACAGUCAGACAUUGACGGCUACUUUCAAGGGCGAUGUCUACAGCUUCGGCGUUGUUCUCCUCGAGCUUCUCACUGGUAGAAGGCCUGUCGAAGUUUGCAAAGGGAAGAAUUGCCGGGACUUGGUGUCGUGGGUGUUCCAGAUGAAAUCAGAGAAGAGGGAGGAAGAGAUAUUUGAUUCGCUAAUAUGGAGUAAGAACCUUGAAAAGCAGCUCCAAGAUGUGCUUGGCAUAGCUUGUAAGUGCUUGGACGAGGAUCCCAGGCGGCGACCCUCCAUUGAUCAAGUUGUUUCAUUGCUUGACGCUGUUGGAACAGAGGGUGGUAUGAGAGAAUAACCUUGUCCAUUGGUCUCUUCUUCUUCACUCAAUAUAUAUCUAAUUAAGUUUCUGUUAAGAUCACAGUUGGUUGGUAUAGAUUUUGUAAAUCAACAGAAAGCUGCUCAAAAGUUCCUUCAUGCUUUGUUCCCAGUAGUCAGUCAGUCUUGACUUCAAUAUAGAGAUGAUGAUAUAGAAAAUGCUUUUGGUGCUGAUGAAUAAUCAUACUCUAAACUUAGAAUUUCUCCAUCUCUCUCUCUCUCUCUGUCUCUCCUCUCCGUGUAUGUAGUUUCUUCUUCUGAUAAAUUGAAAUUGCUAUGCAAUAUGCCUCCUGGAAGUGAAAUACAUAGCCUUCAUUUGGGCUCGGCCUUGAAAACAAGACCAUUCUUUUAUGGGUGCCCACUGUUUGGUGACUUUGGUCAGUUUUCCUUUCAUGGUUGACGUCCUCGUCCAUUGUUCAGUGUUUGAGUUAACGAAUUUUACGUUAACUAAAUGUCAUGUCACGCUUUCACACUUUGGAUGGAUGGAUGGAUGGUUGAAAGGUUAGAGCAGGUGACCAGUGACCAGCUGGUGGCUGUGCCGCAGAGACAAAGUCUUAUCCGAAUGAUCCAUCCAUCCUUUGGCUAGUGCUCGUAAUAAUGUGUCUUUCUCCGAUGUCUGCUGGAAGAUGCUUGGGGAAUGAACUGAAGAAGUAAGCUUUCUCUUUUGACUUUCUUCGCAUUGGCUGAGGUGAAGAAGCAGCCAAAGCCAAAGCCACUUUCCAGAAAGGAGUGCCAUUUUCUUCAUGACAGUCAUCGUCAUCGUCAUAGUCAUAGUCAUCGUCAUCAUCGUCCUGCGGCUGAAAAACACAGAAAGCACAUUGCAUUCGAGAGGAUGCCAGCAGCCAGGAAAUAAGUCAAAAAGGAUGAGUAGUUUAUGUAAAUAAUAGAUUGGGUGGAAUUAAUUAUUAUACAAAUCAAUGCAUUAUAGUUCUUUUGGUUCAUUGAAUUCGGAAUAA